AUGGCCAAAAGACAUGCACGGUCUCGGUCACCAUACAAGGCCUACAACGCGAAUAAUUAUUCGCCAGGAAAUGUUUAUCAACCUUAUACAACUCCAUUCUACUAUCAACCACCUCCUGCUGCUCCAUUGCCAAUCUACAGCCCGACGCUGCCUCCCCCGUUCCCGCCAAUGCCAUAUAAUGCACCAUACAUGCACCCGCUCACCCCGAUUCCUGGUUCGCAGCCAGUAUUUGGGAACAGAGCACCAUUACCGGACGAGAUGGUCGCUCUCCAAAACACAUUACAGAUGAAAGAGGCAACAGUGGCGUUUUUAGACGCGCAGAUAGAAGCGGCUCGUGAAAACCUAGAGCUGCUGGCAGUUCCCUAUCUCGAGCUACGGGCACGUUUCGAGAGUGCACAAGCGGCGUAUUUUGCCGCAAAGGAGAACCAUGAAGAUCUAAUUCAACAGCGCAACACACUAGAUCGAUCCAUGGAUCAUCUUAGCUCUUUGCUCAAUCCGCUGCGUCGGUUCUCGGAUGAUGUUCUUGCGCACAUCUUUAUGUGUGCGGUUGACGCAGAGAUUGAGCGGGAUUAUGAGCGACUCGAGCCGCCGCGAAGUCGAAGACAACAAGUCAUUGUCAACAUCGUUCGCGUAUGCUCGAAAUGGCGCAGAGUCGCUCGAGACAAACCGGAGUUGUGGACGUAUGUCCGCCUCAACCUAUCAAGGCGGCUACGAGUCCAUGAGAAGCUCCAACACUUUCUGGAUCUCGCCCGCGGUCUCCCAAUGAACAUCUACACCUCUCAUCUUCAACCCAACUUCUUUGGGGCUUCUUCCGAUUCUGAGGACGACGAGAAUGGCUCCAGCUCGAGCACACUAUUGGCACCAGUCAAGCAGAUGCGCUCCUUUACAGUGAAUUUUACACAUUACCGCGCUCUUCAUUGCCUACCAAUGCUGGGCACGCAAAAUCUAGACACUCUCGAAGAACUCCACCUUCGAAGUGAACCCAUGAGCUCGCCAGCAUCAGGACUAUUCAGCAUUACGUCGUACCUUUCCGAAGCUCCAAAGCUCCGGGUACUACGGUUAAUUCAUGUUCACCUACUGCCUCCAGCAGCUCACGAGGUUACACCACACAUCAUCCUACCCCGGUUAGAGGAGCUCGUUUUACAUGGGCCAGUGACACACGGCACUGACAUUUUCGGGUUCUCUCAACUAAUUACCAUGAUUCCCAACGUCCAGAAGAUCAAUUACAUCCAAAACGAUACUAUUCAGUUUACACAUCAGGACGACGUGCAGCUGCUCAAGUUGAGGGAACUUGUCACGAAUUGCUGUGCUCUCGAAAACUCGUUGCGUUCAAGUUUCGGAGCCGACAAGGUACAAGCACCCAAGCUGGAGAAACUCACGGUGAAUGAUGCUGUCAACUUGAUGACGGGGCUGGCACAUUUCCUCCAGUCCGUUCAAAGCAUCCGUAUCCUCUCCAUCAUGGGAAACUUUGAUCCCCUUUCAGAUGCAUCUGUACCAGCAGGAGGAGGAUUUGCACCCACGCUCUUUCAGCCACCUGGAGGAGGUCUGCUUCCGCAGGUUCUCCAGCCAGUCCUACCUAUCCCUCCACCACCCGUCUUCGUUCAGCCUCCUGGAUUCGUUCCUGCCCCCAAUCCUGUAACGGGUCCGACAGAACCCCGGGCACUAUUAAAGGCGAUGAAGGAUAUAGAGGAGCUAGAGAUCAUCUCGAUUCAUCCCAGGUUUGCCGAAGCCUUGUGCGAUAUCGCUACCGUGGAUCCAUCAGACGAGGAGACGCCAGAGCCUAAAACUGACGGAGAUGAAAAGGAGUCACGGGAUAAAGAGAUGGAGACUGCAACUGAGCGGCCUCUUUCCGAUCCUCCGACAUCUUCGAAACAGAGGGUACAAACUUGGCGGUAUCUCGCUCGCCUACGCAAACUCGAAUUCACCGUGAACAAGUCGUUCCCAAUGAGCGUGCAAGAAUUCGAAUCCAUUUUUGAGGCGAGAUGUUGGACCGACAAGCCACCGGCUAACAAUGCAGACGUCGGGUCGGAGAUGCGGCCGUUGGACAAGCUCGAGGUGCACCUGGGAGCGGGACUGAAUGAUGCGUUGACAGAGGCUGUUAGUCGGAGAAUGAAACUGGAUGGUGAGGACCGCGGCAGUCGCUGGUUCAGUUGGACACGAGAGAUCUAG